GUGAAUUUAUUCAUUUUUCUUGUCUAAUUUUCCUGCUUUUUUCUUCCUACUUUCCUCUGUUUUCUACUCAGUCCAAUCUCUCUUUCUCAUUUCUAUAAGUUUGCUUAAUUGUCCUCUAUCUCUAUCAUUCUUCAAACUGUAUUGACAAUGAAUUCUGCAUUCCCACUUUAAAACUUUCACUGUUAAUCUGUCUUUUCCUAGCUUGCCUUUCCCUAUAUGGAGUUCCCCCAUUUCUUCCUCAAUCCUCCACUUUGGUUCUCUCCACCUUCCACCAUUAGCUUUUCCUCAUCAUAAAUGUAAGCUCCCAACACACACACACACACACACACCAGGUAGAGCAAAUAGAGCUACAAGGAAUCUUGGGGAUGAGAAACCCAACAUAAAGAUUGGAUUUUGAGAGAGAAAGAUGCAAUCUUUUUGAAAUUUGAUUGUAGUUGGAGGUUUUUUUUUGUUGGCUGCAAGAUUUUUUGAAAAAAUUCAUCUGGGGUUUCCAGAAGUGGGACAGAGAGAAUGAUUCUUGGAUUAGUGGGACAGUAGUGUCAGUGCAUAAAAAACAAAACAAACGAAAAACUGAAUCUUGUUGGUUGAAAUAGUGGAAGAAGGCAUAAAAAUGAUAUCUUCGGGCAUAAAUUUGGUGAUGACAGUGAUUGGAUUCACAGUCAGUACCAUGUUUAUAGUGUUUGUGUGCACGAGGUUAAUUUGUGCAAGAAUUCAGCUGAAUGCUUCAAGAAGGUCUUUUGCCACAGCUUCUGGAUCUGAUUUCAGCAUUUUGGAAAGGGGACUUCAUGGAAUCAAGCCGCUCGUAGUAGCCAAUUUUCCCACGAGAAAGUACCAAGACCUGUGCUUGACAUCAAAAGAAAAUGCUCAGUGCUCGAUUUGUCUGUCCGAGUAUCACGGAGAGGACUCGCUCCGUUUCCUGCCCCUCUGCGGGCACUCCUUCCACGCAGCGUGCAUCGACAUAUGGCUGCAGCAGCACUCCACGUGCCCGGUGUGCAGAGUCUCGCUCCGUGAGCUUCCCGAGAAAAAGUGGUUCAUGCAGCCGAUGUUCAGCUCAGCUGUCCGGUCUCAGCAGCCUGUCAACGCGCACUACUGCCACUGCAUGGCAAACGGCCCGAGACCCGAGUUCCUGUCCCAUAACAACCUCUCGUUGCACCCCACCGUUCAGGAGGACCGUUGUCGGCCAGAGGCGGGCGCAGUCCAUGCCAAAGAGUCGGGAAAUGUGAAAACCGGGACCCCGUCCGAUCGGUGAGUCGAGCAUUCGGAGAAGUUGAUGCUUUGUUUUAAUAUGUCUAUGCAUAUUGUUGUUGAUUUUAGGCUUCUUGUGAAUAUGGAAUUAGUGGUAUUCUCCCUCUCUAUCUUUCUCUUUAUAGAUUUAUUUGAUUUUGUAUUUGUGAUUUUGGAGAGGCAGUUUUGUUAGUUUAGUUAGAAACAAAUGUACUAAUAUAGCUAUAGUUAUGAACUUGAAGCCAUGUUUGAUGUUUCCUUGAUUUCUUGGUUUA